AGGCAAACUGCUGUCAAGCAGAAAGUGCAGCCUGUCAGUCAGCAGCAGAGCACCGCAGAGGGAGUACUAACAGUCUCCAGAGCUCCAGAGAAACAGAGAGGACUUCCCUGCUUCACUAGACAAACUACGACAGCUGAUAGAAGGCAAAGUGCUCGUCCUACGAUCCCCCUUCACUGAGGAACAACAGGUUUUGGUGUGUGCGCAGAGCACAGAGAGAGGAGGACUGUGGAGGUUUACCGUUUUGAGUGAAGAGCUGACCUUUCACCUCCAGCAGCUGCAGAGACAGACAGAGCAGGAGCUCAGCAACAUACACAUACAUCUCUUGCAGAUCGUACAGCGCCAGCAGCUGCUGACCUCUGAGCUUUGUAAUCUUCAGGAGAAGAAGAAACAGACCGAACAAGAACUGAAGAGAAACUCCAGCCUUCAGACGUCCACUUUUCUGCUGUGUGCUUGUCGGGAGCUUCAGGUCUUCAUCACCGAGCGUUUGCUCCAAUCAGAGAGGUUGCUGUUCCAAGAGGAGGCACUGAGCGCGCUCCGUAACCUGCUGACCCAAGACCUGCUGAGGUACCAGGAAGAGACGCAGAGACUGACCUGUUUCACACAGAAAAUACAACCCCACAGGUCAGACAGAGACGAAACGUCCACCAGCAGACAGAGCGACCGCAGAAUGCAGGGAAAAAACGAGACUGAGCAAGAAAACAACAUGCACGCACUUGAGUCCUCUUCUACCCAAUCCCCGCUUAGUCCUCACCCGACCACCAAUGAAGAAGAGGCAGAGCAGGCCUGGAGAGCCAGUCAUAAGAAACCAGCUGCAGGCCUGUUCAGCAGUUCAAACUUGCACCGAGCCAGCAGCGUCAAAAACCUUAUCAGUAAAUUCUCUGGUCCUUCUUCCGGUACCCCGCAGAGCCCCUCAUCUUCCCCAAAGUCUGCUUCUGCACAGGCUCUCGAGUCAAAGUUGAGUCCGUCCACACUGAGCAGCGCCGGACAAGACGAGGGUCCAGUUCCCGGCAUCACUGUGACCCCUCCGUUCAGGGAAACCAGUCAGAACGUGGCUCCAUCAGCUCAGAGAGGCACCAAUACCAGUCAGAUCACUGCGAGGGUCGAUUGUCCAGUAGGAGGCUGCGCUAAGAAGACUGAUUCUGAAGCAAGGAGCAAAAGACAAACCCCAGACACUGAUAGACACUCAGUGGCUGACUCUGGCAUGGGAUCGGAGUCUGAAUUGGAUUUGAACAAGCAGUCAGACAGCCCGUCAGAGGACGAGCCCACCACACCCCGAGUUGUGUCGACCAGCCAGAACCCAAAAUAUCAGCUGUUCCUCAACAACGACCACUUGACCAACGGGUUGAGCAGCAGGGCUGCAGAUAGUCCAGGAGGCGGCGGAACGGUGGGGGAGAACAGCCCCAAGCCAGCCCGAAGGGAGACUAACCGGCUGGGGCUGAACAACCACCGAGGGUCCCUGGAGUCCCUGGCCUCGCGGGACUGGGACAAUACGUCUGAAAGGUGGGGUGUUGUUGACAGCCCUCCCAGGGUGUUCAACAGUCCGUACACCACGACCGCCUCCAUAGAUUACAACCCCAUGUACCGAAUGUCUGAGUUCAAGUCUCUGAGUGGAUUGUCUCCUGCCACCUCAGAGAUGAACCUGUACAGCUUCAACAGCCGCAGCACCAGUCCAGUAGGCAUGCCCACACCCACCCUCAACAGCCCCCGCCCCCGAUUCUCAGCUUACGACUCCCUAUUGAAGAGGAGGACCGAGGUCAACAACCCUGUAAUGGCACCCACCCACUACAGCAUUCGUUCUUCCACUAUGCCCAAUAAAAAAGACUACAUAGAGGAGUUGACCAAACAGAUGGACGCCUGCCAGAAGCGUAACCAGUUCCUGGAGGCAGAGAGUGUGGAGAUGGAGAAGGAGAGGAACCAGAUAAGGUAUGAGAUGCGUGGCCUGCUGGUGAACAACGAGGACCUGCUGAGGACCAACACUCAGCUGACCAAUGAGAUGAAGAGGAUGAGAGAGCAGAUGAUAGAGAUGGAGAGAGAGAACCAAUCCAUGUGCGAGAGACACAGGGAGAUGGAGAUUGAGGUGAAACAGGCCCGGGACAUGAUGGUGGAGGCUAACACUCAGGAGUACGCCUUCAAUUUUCUCCAGCAGUCCCUCAAAAACAAGAUCCAGGAUUCUGAGGAUAACCUGGAGAAUCAGACGCAGCACGCCAAGACUCUGUCUGAGAAGUUGUGGCAGGCAGAGAGACAGGUGGAGGAGAUGGAGGUCGACAGAGAAACCAGAGACAAAAAGACAUCUGAAUUCAACAGCAACUUCUUCAGACUGGAGACAGAGCUGGCUGAGGCUCUGCAGGUGUCCACGGAGGCUGCAAUUGAGCUGAGCCUGCACCAGAAGCUGCGUGAGGACAGCCAGCAGAGGGUGGAGGAGCUGGAGGAGGUUCUGCUGGAGAAGGAGCUGGAGCUGCAGAGACUGCACACCCUCGUCAGCAGACUGCAGGGAGAGGUCUCUGGUAAGCUGAUCGAUAAGGAGCAGACGCUGGAGGAGGAGAUCCAGCUGAGAGAGAGGAUCCAGCUGCAGUGCAAACAAGCGGAGAGGGCGGUGGAAGACCUCCACAUGGAGCUGCAGAGCACCAACCAGGCCAGAGAUGACCUGGCCAAGCAAGUCAAACAGGCUCAGGAGAAGAUCAUCGACAUGGAGAGCGAUCUGGAGGAGCUGCAUGACAGCGAGCUGAGAUGGGCCGCCAAACACAAGAGAGCUAUCGAACAGACUGAGCAGCUGCAGCUGAAGGUGAUUCAGGAGAAAGAUCUGAACGACCAGCUGGAAACUGAGAAGACCGCCACGGAGAGACAGGUGCGUGAGCUGCGUCUGGAGGUGGAGGAGCUCCAGAGCUCCAGAGUUCAGGAGGAUGUCAUCUCCAGAGCGGAGAGCCGAGUCAAAGAGCUGGAGAACACUCUGAGGACCGAGGAGAGGAACAAGUCUGUUCUGACUAACACCAUCGGUAAACUGGAGAGGAAGAUCAACGAGCUGAGCGAUCAGAUGGAGGAGGAACACAGGAUAGCUAAUGAGCAGAAAGACCUGAUGACCCAGAGGAUGCGCUCUCUGAAGCGUCAGCUGAACGAGGCGGAGGAGGAAGCGAGCAGAAGGGAGGCGCAGUACCGCCACACCCAGAGAGAGCUGGCCGAGGAGAGGGAGGCGAGCAGCCGGCUGCAGAGGCAGCUGCUGGACCAACACCAGCUGACAAAACGUAAGGAGACCAUGACUAUCCGUCAGACUCUGGAUAACCUGAGGUUGGACCUGAGCGUCGACGACGAAGACGAUGAUCAGCUGUUGCUGCAGCAACAAACAAACACCGUCACCAAAGUGUAAACCCCACACACAUUAAACCUCCACUUUAUUACAGUGAGAAUGUUGCAAGACACUAAAUCCAUUCAUCAAAAAAGAAUAUUAUAUAUGAUGCAUGCCGAACCUAAAAGUCCACCAGGAUCUUUUCCUCUACAUGAUGUCUGACCUUGUAAUCUCCUACACAGGGCCAUGGAAUGAGCUAUGUAAUAUGUACUAAUUAUAGGAAACAAUAGAGACAAAGCUUUUAAUUUUCCUUGAAAGAUCUUCUUCAUAUAUGUGAAUGAAUGAAUCUUACAAUGAAUGCAUUGUAAGAUUUGAGAUGUUUGCAUAUUUAGCUGACCUGUUUAUCAAACUUGCAAUUAAUUGAACUUAAUUGAGUAGAAUUGUACCAAGUAUUAUACUACAGUAUUUUUCCUUAUAAUUAUUAUCAAAUUAAAUGUAUUUCUGUCGGCCCUCUCAUGGUUACCGUUAGGAAUCACAACAGUUAACUAUUUACCCGAAAACAAAUCCCAAAGAGCAGUGAUGGGAGAAGCUCCUGGUGGACUCACGGCCUCACUGUCAGUGACACACUGUUCAACAAUGACGUCAAAUGCCUCGUUUGACGUGUUGAAUCUCACAUUUUCUUCUUUUCUAUUACAUAGAAUAUUCAAUAGAAUGGUGGUCCUCUUGUUUGCCAAAGGAAAUAAAUGUUCUUGCGCUUGGUGCAGAGAGAUGCUGACAUGCAUAAAGGGAAAACUAGUGCCAAUAGUGACAUAUUAAGGUUAUGAUAAAGGUGCCUUGUAGUUGUUAAUGUGUUCUUGUAGUUGCUGUUAAAAUAAGCUUUAAACAUCCUGAAGUACAUUUUGGAGUGUGAAUUUUCUACAUCGUCCAGUCGCACAAAAGCGUUCUGGCCUUAAAGUCUGAACGGACACUUUUAACUCCGACAGACUUCAGUUUGAUGGCAUUUGGAAUGCAAGUAAUUAUAAUCCGUUUUUCAAUUUGUAAAAAAAGAGAGUUCAAACUCAAAGAAUGACGGGGACAUUUGACAAACUUUUAGUUAGUUUUUAUUUUGGUGGAGAUAAACCGAUAGUUCUUUCACAAGGAGGGAUUUCACAUUGUUUAGUUUAACAUGUGUAACACAUUCACCUGCAGUAUUUGAACAUAUUCCACAUAUAUAUUACACGGUAAUAACUGCAGAGGAGGGAUCUUUGGAUGUGAUUGUAGCGCUUGAUUCAAACACAGAAGAAAUUAAGAGAUUAUUGAGAGAUUAUUUAUAUUAAACUGUUUUUUGUAUUAAUAUUGUUUUUAUGAUUCGAAGAUUAUUUGAAUUUUCUGUAUUUGAAAUUGCUUGCGGGGCGAACAUUUAUUUUAGAGAAUGACAUGUAUGAUUUUAGAGUUCAGCUUCAGGUAUUUUAGGCGGUUUGCUGCUGAUGUAACUCCUACUUACAGUAUCUGUCCUUGAGAUAAUAUUUAGGGGAUAAGAUGUUUUGUGAAAAAGAUUGCGCUUCACACUCGCCGUUAAUCUGCAUCUUUGUUAAUUGUAUUGUAUUCAAAGUCACUCAAACCAGACACAUAUUGAAAAAGAAUGUUAACUAAAAAAACUGUUUAAAUGUUUAAAAGUGUAACAGCCGAGACGUUUUAGCUCUCAGAAGUCAAAUACAAGAUGUGUGUUAAUGCAAAGUGUGCAAGAGGCAAAAAUAAAUGUAAUAGUUCAUUGUGUUAUUUAUAUGCUCUGUGGUUUUCUGUACCAGCUGUUAAAUGUUCUGUAUGCUCUUAUUUUGAAAUAUAGUGCACAGACAGAAACAAACAAGGCUGGGUUGUGGAAUUGAAAUCAUCAGUAGAAAUUUAAAUGGCUUCAUUCUAGCGUCAAAAACGUCAUGAGUACUUUAAUCUGAAAGAAACCUGACUUCCAUCUUCUGAUUGAGUUGGUAGUAAAUGAAACCCAGCCCUGUUCUAACAGUCCUCUGCAUGUUCCCUUCUUGACGGACGUCUGUCAUAAAUCCAUAGAGCUAAUAUUCAGAUUGAGUUUGGAUUUUCUGUUAUGUUUACAUUUGUUGGUGUACUUUGAUUUUUUGGAAGCAGGAACAUAAAUCACAUGAAAGAGUUUGAUAUUUGAGCUGUUGGGAAUGUGUGCUACAAGUGUUCUUUUGGUUUAUCAUUCUCAAAACAAAACAAAUGGUUUCUACAGAUAUGUAAAGAGAAAUAGAUUUCAAUUACUUAUUUUUGUAACUUCACAUUCUGCCGGUUCUGGUGUUAUUGGGUAUUUAUUUUUCACAUUCUCUCUUUUGGUGAGAAGUUUCUUAUAACAAAAUACAAAUAAAUUUUUCCUCCGCUGAGAA